GCCGCCUCGUCAACAACAUGAACCUGAUUGAUAAAGCUACAAAAAGAUGAACAAUGCCAAGUAGUCCUGAGAAGUUCGAGAAAGAAAUGAAAAUCUGGUAAGUACGUCGCAUUUUCGGCUUUGUUGCCAUUGAGAAUUUCCGAGAAAUUUGUUUUUGAUUGAAAAUGAUGAGCGACGACGUCGAGACCACAACGGCAGCCGACUCGAAUUCUACACACAGCAUGAUGAACGAGCGCGAAGUUAUUUUUACUAGCAACGCCAGUACUUCUUCUGCUGGCAAGAACGUGUCUUGCGCGACCACCGCACCUGCUGGACGAGUCCGCCCACCCACAGCACCACCUGGUGUGCCUGCGCCACAGCUUCGCCUGCCGACUGAGGCAAGAACAGCUGCUGCUCCAUCUGUAUAUGUUGCAAAUAACGUGGAUCCAGAUUGCUUAUCCGCAGCUGGUGCUCGCGACGGAAGUACUAGUCCAGCUCGCGUCGAGGACGGCUCCAUGCGACCUGAUCACCAGCAGGAGCAGGAGGAGCAUGACCUUGACCACGUAGAACAACACAGAAACCAUGAUGAAAAAAGCUCCUCGUCCUCCGCCUCCAUAGAUGAGCAUCCAGAUCCACCUGAUCUUCAAAGCAGCAACAGCAACAAUUCUCACGCGCACAACGUCAACAUGUCCGUGCUUUCCUCCCACACAGAACAAGUACUAGACAACUCCACCCACCAUUGCUCCAACAAACACAAUCUCUCCGUUUUCUCGACCACGAGCACCAGCUCGGUUGGCGCGCAUCGGUUGCGGAGCGCGUUGAGCAGGCUCCAGGAACAGGUCAUGAUGCUGGAGGCGGAGAUCGGGGGUUCAGGUUCUACUGCAAAAGACCCUUCUUUUGUGCCAAUUCGCUCGGACGUCAAGCUGGAGAACAGCUCUUCUAGACUCCGAUCGUCCACCAUCGGUGGCUUUUUUCCAAGCCGACGGCAAAGGGAACAAGCCAAGGAGCAGCGACGCCGGCGGGACACUAAUAUCCUUCAGCGGGAGAGUAGUGGCAGUCCAGUGAACAGUGGCAAUAAAGCUGGAACAAAUACAAAUACGCGGUCGACGAGAAAACAAGGGGCAAACGUCGCUGCAAGUGCAAGUACCAACCAGCGUUGUAGAGGACUUUUGCAUGCCAAGUCUUCUCCUGGGGAAAAUAACCGCGCGGCUGGCGCAAGAUUGUCGAAAAGUUGUGGCUCAUCAUCUUCAUCGUCUUUCUCUAACGCCAAAGGAAGUAACAACAACAACGAUGGUAAUAGGACCGAACAGCGAAAGGAACUGAACCUCGUGUACACCGGUUCGAAACUGUUUCAACAACAAAAUUCCGAACAUCACAUCAUCCAAACCGCCGUCGUGUAUACAGAUGCCACUGGGGCACAGUACGUGCCAGCGGAUGUUGUGUGUGACGAAGGUGGGCGACUUCGACCAGUUGCUGGAGAUGGUACUACACACCCAAUUGACAUGGAAAAUAACGACACUCCGAUUUCCUCCAUUGAAGGCCAGAGUUCCUCCGGCUGCAGUGACAGAACCGGCGGCAGCAGAAACAACGAUAGUAGUACGCCCGGAGGAGAAGUUUCGUCUGGUAGUGGUAGACGACCCGCCGGUGCUUUUCACCACCACCGCACAACCGACGAAGAAACGGAUUCCAGACGCAGCAGAAGCUCCACCGAACAGGAAGAGCAGCUGGUCUCCAGUGGGGGUCCCGCGAUAGAAGACUCCGCAAGAAGCCGGUCGAGCACGAUUGUCGGAGGACUUGGAACUUCGGGGCGGGGUCUUGGUGCAGUAGUCCCAGGUGCAGGUGGACCACCAGCGAAUAUUAGAGCCAUUACCAGCACGAGUUCUGCCAGUAGCACUUCCAAAAGCUCCGCAGUAAGCAGCAACUCCUUGUGCUUUUUCAACAAGAUUUCCACCUACGAAUGCGAUUCUCAUCAUUCCGGAUCGGCGUCAAAGGCCACAACCGUUCCGUCGAGUGCGAAUAACAGUGCGACGACCAGUCCCGUCGAAUACGGAGUGGUGUAUUCGGUUGACGGGAGCACAUUGUUACCUGCCGGAACGACUGCGGUUUAUCAUGCAGGUACUUACUAUAGCUAUACCACUUUAUCAAUACACUAGAUGUAGAUUGAUUUCCUCAUGCACGGACGUCAUGCAGAGCGCAAGGAGCGAAAUCAAUCAUGUAAGUAAAAUGCUAAGUGUUGCGGCUGGUGUUGUAUCUUCGCCACCUUCUUUUUCAAACUUUUCUUUCAGGAGGUGACCAGCCAUCUCUUUCCCUCGUCAGCGUUACCGAUUCACAAGUGCAGGCUGUCAGUGCGUUGCAUCCGCUAGUACAACCGCCGCAGGGCCCUCCACCAACGGCGCCACAAGAAGGAAGAUUACAAGCACAAGAAGCUGUAGUUGUAGUUGUUCCAGAGCCCGUGCCCGACUGUUUAUUUCACAACGAUGUUCCGAAGAAGGAGACGAUUGCUCCGUGUCUCUCGCCGGAGAAGGAAGUGCCAAAUGAGGGAGAGCAGUACAACGUCGAGGAGUUGCAAUUGUGCGACCAGGAGAAGGAACGGUCUCUGUUAGUGAAGGCCGAAGAUGAACGACCCGCGCCAGGCCUAGGUCAUUGGUCCUCUCCCGACGCGUACCAGCAGUUUGCGCAAAACGUCGAGACCUGCUUGGUUGAACAGUGCGAGAACAUCGGCACUGAUACCAGCAAGAGGAGGCGGGAACGGAACGAAGAAAAGAAGAACAGCUCUAUCCUGUAUGUCGGCGAUUGUGUCCACGUUUUAUCUAACAAUAAUUCCUCAAUCAGUUGUCUCCAGCCAAACAUCCUGAACCACGACCAGAGCGGGACGAGCCUACUCAUGGAAAAACACCUCUACGCAGCUGACGGCUGUACUCCUCCUAUCAGCGACACCGAGCAGAAAAACAACAACUCGAGUUUGUUUGACCUAUCCGCGGUGGAGAAUGUCGGAAUGAACGCGACGUCUCUGUCGUGCAACAUCGAACUCGAGCCGGUUUUGGAAUUCGAAAGUGAGGAAAUUUUGCUGGAGCAGUGUCCAGAAAGCCCAGAACAGCUGGUGAUGGGGUCAAAACAAGAAGACAUCAUCACACGGGACGACGAAGUUCUUGAUCACCAGGUGCAGCUAGUUUCGCCGCAUGUUGAGAAGCGAAACUCGUCGAAGACGAGCACGUCAGCUGCAAUAGAAAUCGUCGUUGACACGGAGUUGCAGGAAAAUAUCGUCUUCGAAAACGCACCAAAGGGUCAGGAGGCAGAGCAGGUACAACUAAAAACUUCUUUCAGCUUCCAGCCACCGUCGAUGGUUUUGAACGCGUCAACUACUUCCGGCGCUGAGGUGCUGGCGACCUCCCCGGCGGACUUCGGUUCGACGACGACCGGCACUGGCGGCCGUGUAGAUCAUGAACAGGUUGGUGCAGUGGAGCUGCAACUUCAAGAGCAGGUCAACAAUCCUCGCGACUGUAUCGAGAAAGCUAGAAGUUUAUCGCCACAGCCAGAAGAAGAAAACAGCGUCCUGUGCGCCCAGCUCGACGAGAUGGUAGCGACCCGCAGCAGCCCUUCGGCGAAGGUAGAAGAAGUUGUUGCGGAUGGAUUGUUGAACAAAAGCAAUGGUGUCGGACUAGAAGAAGAACUUGAACAAUUGCAGCCAGCGCCAACUUGUUUAGAAGACGUGCACUCGUUCUCGCCGAACUGCUGCUCCGAAGCGGAUCAUGAACACCCGGAGUACACGAGGAAGCCGCGUGAGGUUCUGCUGAAAACCAGGAAGCAAACGAAGGAGGUCUUGGUGAAAGAAGGAGCUCGUGUUCUUCCUGUGGAUGAUGUGGAAAAAGAACGAGUAGGCACUGCCGAUGAAAUGGUAAUGAAGGAAGUGGAAGACAAAGAACUCCAUCUGCAGGACAUCCAGGUCUCGUCCAAGCAGACAACCUGUAGUGCGGUUUCGGACGACAAGAAAGGACACGACGAGGUGGACCACGAUAGUUAUCUUCUUCACGAUGCCACAAAAUCCUCGUCCUCUCUCAUCACUCUUGUGGACGCGCCGGACCGCCUAAAGGAACCAGAACCGGAGGCGUGUGUCACGCCCGCAGCGGGGGCUUCCUCUUUUGCAUUCCACGUGGACAGCAAUCAGAAAGACAGGCGGAGCACCAGCUUGUGCGAAAACAACUACCUGGUGGACGCGGCUGCGUCGACAGCAGAAGUUGUUUCUCUUGCCACGACGCAGCCUGUAGUGUGUGAUGCGAAAGAACAAGCCAGGACGUGGGACGGCGGAAAACAACCAGCACGACAACAUGACAACUACAUGCAAGAUGAGCUGCAAGACCAGCAACUUCAGUCGGAUUCCCUUCCCCAUCCGCGAUCCUCUAUCCGCACGUUUUUGCAGACCAGUUUGCAGUCACACACGAACAACUCCGGCUUGUUGAACAUCAAAGCUGCAUCAAACCGCUGUACGUAUGGCCCCGAGAUGUUCCACAUUGGCGACGACGUGUCCAGUGAUGAUGGUGAUCAAUUUCUGGAGCAAAAGAAUAACGCUAACGCUCUCUACUUCCCGGGGGCUUCUAGCAAGAACAACCAUGUAUGAACUGCAAAAGUAUCGCACUCGUAUAAAUGCAUUACAAAUUUCCUCAGCAUGAGUUGGCGAGGUAUUCACCGAUGGGCUAUUUGAGGUUUAUUUCCGACAGACUGCAAUUUUUUUUGGCGAAAAAAAAAAAUCGCUGGGCUGAAGAGCCCUGAUUGCCUUCGCGCUGGCAAUCGGAGUUGUGGCGUUUAGGAGCCUGCGUCGCCUGAGCUUUUAGGCCAUUAGCUGUUGACGGACAUUGGCCCCCAUCGCAUUGCUUAAUGUUUUUCCGGGUUGGCCUGUUGCGCUAGACCGGGUCGGGCGGGUCAGGACCUGCGUGGCUUGACGCGCAAGAUCGCACGCAGCGCGCAGCGCUUCCAGGCGUCUUCGUGGCCCCCGUCCUGUGACAGUGGGGCCGCAUUGAAUUCGGCCUGGCGCACCAGCCACACCGGCGCCCGACAGUCCCGGCCAACAAGACGCCGCGGCGCGGUGAAGCGCUCUGCGAAAACUUUUUUGCUAUGGGCCGGCGGCACAGCUGAUGGGUUCGCCUGCUUGCGCGGCCUCCCCCCUGGCUUCGCGAUGGCUUUGGUGGUUGGCCGGCAUCGGGCCUCUCCCAAGCAAAGGCUGGGGUCUCGCAUUGGCAGCGGUGCUUGAGGAGCAGCACACCACCCGGGGUCCUUAAAAGAAGAGCAGGCUUGGGCGGCCGGAAGUCUUUGCGGGUCACCGCCAUGCCCCUGCGCCCGGGCCCGGCAGGGGCGUUCUUUUUCCGGGCCCCCCGCGCGGAAGGGGGGGUAAGCAGUUGCCUAAGAAAAAUGCCCGGCCGGCCCCUGGAUACAAGCGCGCCGGCCAAAGAAGGUGGCGAGCAGGGAAACGCAAUGAAAACCGCCAAGCCCCAGCCUCCCGCGGCGGCUGCUUUUGCCCCCGUGAAAGCCCCCCGAAGCCUGCCCCCCCCUAUUCUUAAAGCUUUGCCCGGCGCCUGCCGCGGCCCGGCCGCGCAAAAUGCUGGCGCGCCACAACCGCCCCGGCGCGCCUUCCUGCUCUCAGGAGGCGCCAUCGGCUGCCGGGCAAAAAGAAAAGGCCGCCGGCGGGGGGGCCAGCAGGAUGCGCGACUAGCUCGGCCCCGCCCGCGCAGGUGCUUAGGCUGGGGCUUGGGGCCCGGGAAAGGUGUCGCGCGGCAGCGGGGGCAGCUUUAUGGGCAAAAAAAGACCGCCCCCGCGCCCCGCGAAUGGGGCGCAGCCCCGGGGACAAGAAAGGAAGCGACGCAACCCUUUGCAUUUUCCCCAGCUAUCGCGGCUUGGCGCCGUUGUUGCCAAGCCGCCCGUGGGCUGAGGGCCAGCGGCCUGCGCCCAGGGGCGGUCCUCUUCGGGCAGGACUGCUCACGGGCGGCGACCGCUUGUUCGCAUGCCCCCGGGCCUGCCGCGCCCCCCGGGCGACCCCGUCCGGGGGGGUAGUUGGAGGUAAAUUUCUUACCGGGCGAAAUUUGCGAAAUAUUUAGGUUCGUCUGCCCCUGAUAUUUACAAAAUAUUUAGCUCGAAACGCGACCACAGUGUUUUCCCAUUGAAAUCAUUAAGGAGCCGAAUCCGGCCGCGUUUCGAGCUAAAUAUUUUGUAAAUAUCAGAAGCGUUCCGAGCUAAAUUUUCGCAGUGUUCCGGCAGCCGGGCCGCGGACCGGAUUGGCGCUUCGCGAGGGCUUCCGGGGCCCCGGUGGUGCCUCUCCGACGCAGGCAGCAGGGCGACGGGCCCCAAGCCCCCGCCCGGGGAAUGCAGGGCGGGCCCGGGGAAGAACUCGGGGGCAACGUGAAAAAGGCCGCAAAGGCUCCGCCGGCAAGGCCGGCGUCAGCGAUGUCCGCUUGGGGGCUCUUCCGCUGCCCGGCCGGCCGCCCAGAGGAUGUGGAUGGGCGGCCCCUUGGCUUCGGGGAAGGCCCCUGCAGUGGGAGAGGGUUCGCGCAAGCUACCUGGCGCGCGCGUCCGCGGAACACCCGGGGCCCCCCGUCGCAGACCUUAGCCCGCCGGAUGGCGCCGCCGCCUUCCGAGCCACUAUCGCGCCCUUGUGCCCGGGCCCGGCCACAGCGCCUUUUUGGGAUUUGCCCUCUGCCCGGCGGCACGCGAGGAAACCACGCAAAAGGCCCAAACCCCCGGCAGGCCGCGGCCGGAAAAAAGACCGGGCCGCGGGGCGGGCUUACCUGGAGACGCGUUGGCAGCCGGCCGCGUUGUUUUUCUGCCGGGCGCGUGUGCAUGUUUCUGAAGUUCCCCAGCACCGGCCUGGCUUUUUGCAAAAAUCCCCCCGCUUGUAUUGCGCAAAUCGGCCGAACAAAGCCGGCGCGCAGCGGGUGGCCCGGCGCUUCCUUUACCAUGCCGCGGCCCCGACGCUCCGUUGGGGCAUCCUGGCAAGCAGCCUCGAAGGACACGGAGCAGGGGCACGCGCAGCCGGGCAGCGGCCACACGGGGGGGCCGCGGCGUAAAGGGAGGUGGCAGGGGCCAAGCGAAAACAGGCAGGGCGCGAAGGAGGGUGGGAGGCCAUGCGGCAAUUGCCUGCUAGUGUGGGGCCCGCAAAAACGCAGCGGGGCGAAACCACACCACGGGCCGCGACGCGGUCUCGCCGCUGAUGGCCGUUCCCCAGUCUUGGGUCGCUUCGAAAAAGUAGGCGCGCCAGGAGGCGCCCCGGCCUUUCCUUGAGAUAGGCCGCCUAGCGGUUUCGGCAAUGGGCCUUGCGGCAGUGCACGAAGCCCGUGCUGCUGCGGUAAGUAUGGUUUUGGGGGGUGCGGAGGAGUUCCGGGUGGUGUACCUUGCGGUGUGGCGUGUCGCUCGGGAAAAUCAUCCGUGCGAUUAGCCCGCAGCGUCAUCUCCUUGCCGCCCUCAUGGGGGUGAGUGUGUGUCGUGCCCCGUGCCGUGCAGCUGACAGCCAUAAAGGAGAGGCCAUGCUCAGGGGCCCCCAUAUCAACUCACGACUGGCCGCGGCUUGGCAAAAAUGGAUUUUGCAUCCGAAAAAUGUCGGAAAUUUCGCCUGCAAUACCCAAAUCCGCACUACAAAUUUUAUUUCUCAUGAUGAGAAAUAAAAUUUGUAGUGCGGAUUUGCCUCAAGAAAAAGAUUUGUAAUGCAAGACUUGCAUUCGUACGAAUGCGAUACUUUUGCACAGGAUACCACGACACCCCGGGCAAGAUCGCACAGCAAAACAUGGACAAGGCGUAUCAAAUGUAAAAAUGUCUGGGUCUGGAAGAAUGCAAGUUUGUCAUGCUUGUCUGGCAUGACUCCUAAAAAAUCUGUCCUGCGCAUUACCAAAGAGCCCCACUUUUCUGUCAUGCAGAAACGUAGUUUGUCAUGCAGAAUAGGCAACACCUAGAAGCUCAGAAACUUGUCAUGCUGAGCCAGCAAGUGUGGCCUCCUCAUGAUACGCCACACAGCAUCACAAGUUUCCAGACCCAGACAUUUUUACAUUUGAUAAGGCGUUUGAGCAGGCAACACUGCUCUCGCAGUCCUUCACGUCGCCGUCGGUGGUAGUGAACGGUCUGAUGGAUGAGGAACUUCUCGUCGGCGCACAGCAAGUAGACAGUAACCACGAGGACAGUGAUGGCGCAGCUGCUCUCCAGAAUAUUAGCGUCAUCCGCGAGAAGCUGUUUGCUGAUCUGAAAUUUGGGUUUGGCGGGAAGGAAAUCAAGAAGAUGCGGGACGACGACGGGUACACGACCAAGAGCCGUGACUUUGCCAUGCAGGAGAACAAUUGCCGGGAAGACGACCGAUAUAAACAUCCUUCGAACAAUUACGCUGAUGACCUCUCGGGGUUCAUUGACGAGCAAGAGGAGAUUGAUUUUGAAGAUGCAGGGCCGUACAACACCAGCGGCCACCGAGGAGGAAUUGGUGCCCAGUUUGAUCAUGCGCAACAUACUGAUACUCGGGACCACGACUGGCGCGUAGAGCAAGCUGAUGGCGAUGGGGAUCAUUGUUUCGCCGAGUCCUUUAUCAAAUGCAAAGAUGUCUGGGUCUGGAAGGGUGUAACUUGUGAUGCACAUUUCAGAACACAGAAAAAUCUGUCAUGCAUAGCUAGCAAAAGCUGCCCAGUUUCUGUCACCAAACUGGGGGAUUUGUCAUGCGGAUUUGGCAUUGCGGAAGCUUCUCGAAACCUGUGAUGCUAGAGCUUCCAUGCCCGACCUUCUCUGUCAUGCAAAAAUAGCAUGACUCUUCCAGACACAGACAUUUUUGCAUUUGAUAUCCUUCACCGCUGCGAAGAAGCGCAGGGUGGACGAAGAGGAGCACAAUAAAUUCGAAGACAUCUACCUCUCACCGAAUGAAGUUGUAAAGAACUCCUGUCGUGCGCUAUGAGUGUGCACAACUCCACCCCCUCCCCCUCAUUUGUAAUGCAAAAUACCAAAUCCACAUCUUGCCUUGAGCCACUGCCUGCAUGGCAAAUUUAUUUGGAAGCUCAAACAGUACGACAACCCGUGUUCAGGUUUGUCAUGCGGAAGCGACAUAUCUGCCGUUGUUUGUGUUGCUGUUCAUGCCACACAAAUGAAGGGCGGGAGGGGGAGUUGCGCGCUGUCAUAUGCGCCGUGGGACAGCGACAGAAUGCGGUCGACGUUUUGGAAGGGCGAGGAACCAGGGGCCGGGGGGUUAGGAGGACUUUUGGUACACACACUCGCUGCUUUUCUUACCAUGUGAAUCUGAUGCGAUGAUCAUUUAUUAUGCCUAGAAGUACUCGAAGUAUGCCUUUCCGGACGUUAAUAGCGCGACACGAAUACACAGCAACUUGAACGCAACAAGAAAAAAACGUAGGUCUUCGACGAGCCUGUGGUGCUUCAUUUCGACCAAGAACCGAGGCACGACACGUCAGUUUCUCAUCCAGUCGCUCCGGGAAAGAAUAAAGGAAAGGCAAAGCGAAAAGGAAAGAAGCAUGGAACAAAUGACCCAGCUCCUCAAGGUCGUUCUUGUGUUCCUUCGCGCGACAAGAAGCAGCUGCACGUUCGAGUGGUGACACCUGCCGAGGAGGACGAAAUUCAGUUUCGACGGGCUGGUACUGAUUUAUUCACUGACUUUGUCAUGCAAAUUCAGAUUCUUUAUGCGUGACACCUGCAGCGACGACGUUAGAUUCCUGGAAAGCUGCCUCAAAUUACGCCGAAAAAUCGCCAAUAUCAAACCAGGCACAGCAGGAGCUGCCUCCAGCGACUUGAAGCUGCGGGUCGUGACCGCGAAGCCCGUGAUGAAGAAUGUCGGCGCCAGCAGGGUAUGAAUUGCAAAAGCAUCGUACUCGUGUAGAUGCAUUUACAAAUUUCCGCAGCAUGUUUAGAAACAAAAUUUGCAAUGCGGAACUACCUUAAGAUAAAAACUUGUAAUGCAUGACUGCAAUUACUACGAGUGCGAUACUUCUGCAGUUCAUACAGGGAAGACAACCACAAUUUCAUCGACGAGCGAGAUCUGGAAAACCCACAAACGAAGGAAGACUUGAUCGCAGUGGAUGAGAACGACGAGGAACAGCAGAAGCUCCUUCCUUCCACCAUAGUACAAUCGGACGAUGACGAAGAAGAAGACGAAGCUUCUUCUAUCAUGAUUCUCUCCAGACUGCAGCACCACUGCGAAACCUUCGCGGAGACGGUAAGUAGUUGGUUUACAAGGAAACCGACGGAGCUUCUGAGUAGUAGAAGUGCUUCUUGCAGCAGCUCCACCGCGACGACCCAGAAUGUUGGUUCUUCGGCUGCACCUCCAGGCGGUUCUUUGUCGCGACGGAACGACCAGAUGAACAACUACGGCUCAUCUUCUGACCACAGUGCGGCGGUCCAAGGAGCCUCGAGUAAAGAGCAGAUCAUCAUCGCAGAGGAUUUCCGCUUUGCAGUCAUCAUGUUGCUGUUUUUAACUUCAGUCCUGUACCUGUCAACGGUGGAGCACAACUUUCUGCAGGAUUUUGUUCACGCCGUCCGGAAAUAUGUUCGCGUGAAAUUCGGGCCGGGUCUGCACAUCGGCGCGCCGGAAGCUGGCGUGGGGGAUGUUCCGCAUUCAUAA